UUUGCUCUCAUUUGAAGUUCAGAAACUUGUAGUACAUUUGUCCGUAUCGGCUUAACAUCAAUUCCAAAAUUAUUCCUGUUUUUUUUCAAACUUAUUUAUUUCCUACCUUUUGAUCUAGUUAUACGAAAAGUCCAUCCUUGAUGUCGUUGCAGCAGGAAAUACGUGAAAUCAACGUUAGUCGUCACAUAGAACUGAUUCUCCGGCAUUUUAGAGAAACAUUUCGAAUGGCGGCAGAACCUUUCAUGAUCGGCGAUGGACCGCAUCUGCGUGCAGACCCGUGGUCAAAUGUGCCACCUCAAGACUAUCGCUUUUUUUACGAGGCCUUGAACUUUGAGCUGGAAGAGACCCUUGCACACCGCAACUCGGGCUCCGGCGAUGCCGAACAGUCGCCUAGAGAAAUCAACCGUGCACGUAUAGAUCCACACAUAUUCUAUGACGACAUCGAAGGCCAGCAGUCUGAACUGGAUGACGAUGAGUUUGAGUACUACGAGGAAGACGACGGUCCCCUCAACUUGGGAUAUUUAUCUUUGGGCCCCCAUUUUCUUGAGGCACAGCCUCACUUCAGACCCCAUCAUCAUGUGCCAAGGCGCCCGCUACUGUCGCCGCGAUACACCCUCUCGAUCGAGUUUGACGGCAGCACAUGUAAGCAGAUCUUCAAGACCCUCGCCCAGAUGGGAUGGCAGACCGCCCUACGUUUGGUCUACACUGAGCUCUACUUCAUGAGUUAAGAAUAGUGUUCGAUUCUGUCUUUCAACGACUCAAAUAAAGGAACGAUCG